AUGGCCACUGCAGCGAAGGACCCACACCUGGGCUCAGGCCCUGAUGAGGACGACAUGUCUCUGUCGGGGGACGAGUCCGAUUCAGACAGCAUCCUCUCUGAUGACUCGGUGCUUCCAGACUACACGCCGGAGAUAACAGACGGGCAUGCAGCAUUAACACUGUAUCGAGCAUGUGCUCGUAAUGAAUCCGUCGCUCUGCGGAAAGUUCUGGAGAGAGGGGUUACAAAAGAGGAGGUCACAGAGCUGGACAUCAAUGGCUGGAAUGGCUUGAUGGUGGCUUGCUGCAAAGGUUUCGUGGACAUUGUAUAUGGGCUUCACACCUGUCCCUUUAUAGACAUAAAUCAUCAGGACAAUGACGGCAACACUGCUCUGAUGAUUGCAUCCCAAGCAGGUCAUAUCAACACAGUCAUGUAUCUCCUAAACUACUAUCCUGGUAUAGACACUGAAAUAAAGGAUUGUCGAGGUUUUACAGCCCUCAUCAAAGCUGCUAUGACCGGCCGCAAUGACGUCGUGGCUGCCCUUGUUAUGGCUGGGGCUGACUUACAUGCAGUAGACUCCACAAAAGGAAAAUGUGCUCGGGACUGGGCGCUGAAAACAGGUCGCUAUGAGACCCUUUGUCAUCUCCGCCGCCUUAAUAAGCGGCCAAAAGCUGUGCAGUUCUGUGAGAGUUAUAUCCCUGAGUGGCCUGAGCUCAAGGAGAGGGUAGCCAAGGCCACAGCUGGGAAAAGCACCACAGAAAAAAUCACCCAGCGGAUCAAAAACAGAUUCGGAUUCAGAUUUCCUCAUGACCCCGAGGACAACGGAGCCUUGGACCACAUGGUGCGCAUGACCACCAGUGUCCACAGUCCCCUCAUUUCAACUGGAUGCCGUCCACUCUGCCCUACAAGCCCUCCUGAAGUGGGGAAGAGGCGCAUGGCUGUGCCAGAGCUGAUGAAGAAACACACAGAUAAGGAAUUAGAAGAGAGCUCAGUGUGUCACAGCAACGGCUCAGUAUCAAACAUCAAUCUCACAGUUCACUCUGCAGAGUCAAUCUCUACAACGUGCUGUGUGGAGACUGGGCGGCGAGGCAGCAUCCUCUCAUUGGCUUCCACUAAAGUUACUACUGCAUUCAUUCCACGCAGUAUGGCGAGAAGGAACAGCAUAUUCCCCUCUGGCUGCAUCCCCAAGAUCGACAUCAGCAGGCCUUCAGAUGCAACGCCAAAGAAAGAAAAGAAGAAGAAGAAGAAGGAAAAGGGUUUCCUGGAACCACCCAAAUGGAGAUACAAGGAGAUCAAGGAUGACAAAAAGAAGGAGAAAAAGAAAUUUGUUCUGCUGCCCUGA